AGGGGUCUCGCCAGCCCUCGGCCGCGACGGCAGCCAGUCGCCGCAGCGCGCGCGCGCGCCCCGGAGCAGCCGGCAAGCCGCAGCUGCGCAGGCCGCCGAAUGGCGCCGCGGCAGCCGCGCGCCCUGCUGGCCAGGGCGCUUGCGCUCGUCCUCGCCGCGCCGCUGCGCACGAGAGCGCUGCCCUCGCGCGCGGAGGGGCGGGUGCUCCUGUCGGACAGCGGCCCCGUGUUCCUGAAGGGCGUGAACUGGAACCCGGUGCCCCCCGGGGGCGUUCAGGCCAACGGCGGGGUCAACUUCCGGGGCUACGCGGAGGUGGACAGCGAACUGAUGGCCGCGGCGGGCAUCAAUGCGGUGCGCACGUACGAACCGAUCACCGACAGGGAGGUCCUGGACGUCUUCCACAGGAAGGGCAUCCACGUGCUCAACACCAUCUACAUAGAGGGGGACGCAGAGCCCGACAGUGUAGUCCCGCUUGUGAAGUCUUUGAAGGACCACCCUGCGAUCCUGAUGUGGGUGAUCGGGAACGAGUGGAACUUCAACAUGCUGUAUUCAGACAUGACCCCUGAGGACGCCUCCAGUCGAGUCCAGGAGGUGGCUCGCCUGGUGAAGAAGGUCGACCCCCUGCACCUGGUUGCCACGGUGUACGGGAUGGUGCCGGGCUCCGAGGAGAUCGACGCACAGUCGGACAUCGACGUGUGGGGCAUAAAUGUGUACAGCGGCCUCACCUUCGGCCCCCUCUUCGCUGACUGGGAGGCGCGCUCCACCAAGCCGAUGUUCCUGGCCGAGUUCGGGGCGGACGCCUUCAACGCCAACACCGGCGAGGAGGACGAGGAGGACCAGGCCAAGGCCACCAGGGCCCUCUUCUCGGAGAUGCUCGACAACAGCGUCCAGAGCGGAGGCACGUGCCUGGGCGGCUUCAUCUUCGAGCUGGCGGACGAGUGGUGGAAGGACGACAAGGGCAGCCCCAGCACGCACGACCGCGGGGGCAUCGCGCCCGGCGGUGGCCCCUUCCCGGACAACACCUUCAACGAGGAGUUCUGGGGCAUCGUGCAGAUCGACGGGACGCCGCGCAUGGCCUACAAGGCCUACGCCGAGAUGAGCACGGGCUUCGAGCCGCGGAGCCCGCGGCCCGCCCUGGAGGACAUCGUGCCCGGCUACCGGCUCCGCGCCUGCGGCGCCUCGCCGAGGUGCGCUGGCCACCUGGGCAACUGCUGCCCCACCGCGGACGGCCUGUUCCGCGAUUGCUGCAGCAGCGACGCGGUGGGCGACCACGACACCGGGGAGGAGACGCCGGCGCCCGCGCCCGCGCCCAAGAUCCGGCCGCACUCGCAGCAGUUGCCGCCCGCGCUCGACCUCGGCCCCACGUCGGGCUCCACCGGCAAGUGCAACGUCAACCACCCGGUCCCGUGCUGCCAGGACGGGGGCUCCUGCGGCGUGUGCUCUGGGGACCAGUGCUGCGCCGGCGACGAGGGCUCCGUCACGUGUCCGUCGGCCUCCACGGCCCACGUGGAGGGCUGCAUCAAGCCGAAGCUGUACGAUUGCACGGGCGAGACCGGCAUAGAGGCGCCGAGCACCACCACGGCCCAGCACCAGAACUCGAGCACCCGGGAGCGGCAUUCUGACAAGGCUACGUCCACCACCCCGAUCGAGUACAGUUGCGACUUCGAGGGCGAGCCGAACUGGCGAAACGGCUGGUCCGACAUGAAGAAGGCCUGGUGCUGCAAGAAGCACGGGGUCGCCUGCGCAACCGGCCCCAAGGGCCUGCGCAGGAGAUCCGAUGCGGACGGGACCACGACCCUCGCGCCGUUCUACAACUGCAGCGCUCCCGCGGAGGAGCAGGAGCGAUGGUCCUCGCUCAAGCGGGCGUGGUGCCGCGUCAUGCAGGGCUCCGACGAACCCGAGGCCCAGAAGGAGGCCCAGAAGGACGCCCCUGGGGAAGGCGGCAAGGCGUACGAUCCGGAGCUGGACCUGGGCCGUGAGGGAGGCGCCGCCCUCUCUGGGGCGGUCGUGAGGAACUCCGUCGGUGGCUCGGACCAGGAGGCGGGGCCGCCGAGCGACAUCGUCCUGGACGAGGGGGGCGUGCGAGGGGAGCUCCGCGCGGGGCUGACCGCCUUCGCGCGGCGCGUCGGCGGCCCGGGGCCGUGGGCGCUGGCCUCCGCCGCCGCCUUCGUGGGCGCGCUCUCGCUCGUCGCCUUCGCCGUGGCGGUGGCGCGCGGCAGGAUCGUGCGGUGGGCCGCGCGGGAGCACGGGGGCCCCUACGCGUUCCUGCGCGGCGUCGACUCCGCGUCCCGCCUCGCGGCGUAGCCCAGGGAGCCGCCUGAGCGGCGCAGGAGCAGAGCUCCGGGCCGAGUUGCCUCGCCCAGCUGUGCGACGCCUGGAGACGUCGAGGUGGCGGUUCCCCUUCAACCUUUCCCAGGAGGAGAUGGGGAGCGCCCCCCUAGUGGUGACCCUCUUGGCGUGGCCUCGACUGCCAGGCUGCAGUUGACCUAGGAGGUGGCGACCCCCCCCCUAGCGGUGCAUUGCCAGGCCGCUCGCCAGUCAGGCUGUAGCUUGCCUGGGUCGGCUUUGGCGUCCCCUUGUUGAGCUAAGAUGCUCAAUUGCUCGCUGAGGCAGGCCCAUCCUGCAUCCUGCUGGCUGCGCCGCCUAUUGAUCGUGCUUACACGCCCCUGUUCACCAGAUCCUUCCUCCUCCCCCUUCUCCGCCUUCACUCUUUCCGCCUCCGCAUUCUCCUCACUCCUGGCACUCCGUUCAUCCUCAUCCUGCCUGACCGGUUGCCACAAUCAAUUCAAGCAUGCAGUAGAAAGACUUGCCAUCUGCUGGCCCCGUAAGUGGGGCAGUCGCAGGCGAGCUUUGCAGGGUCAAUGUGCAGAGGCCACGGUCGCAAACAUGCGAGCGUGCGUCCGCGUCCUCCCACUGCGGAGUGGCGCGAAUUGACUCCUCCAUCCCCUUUCUCUGCUCCUCUUCCUCCUCCACACCUCCUCCGCCUGCCUCGGGGGGAAACUCGUCCCGCGAGCUCUUCCCUUUGGCGGGGCGCGCGCAACCUGCGGCUGCACGCUGCGCGAGUGCUUAAUGCUUGAGCUGUUUCUCUCAUCGGCACCAAUGACCUACGCACGGCUGGUGCAACAACGGCUUGUGUCGCGCCCGUUCGGGAAUUGCCAACCGUACACUUCCCAGGCCCCAGGCUGUUGUCUGGACCUUCCUGGCCGAGGCCACGAGGACAUAGGAUCGGUCUCCGUGUGUAGCUGGCGUGCUCCUGCGUCGCCCUGCAUCGCGCGACGCCAUCCUCGCCGUUUCCCGUGCUGUGGUUCGGCCUGGGGAAGCUCGUCCAUCGGUCGGGCGGCUCGCCGCGCGUGCCCUCCGCUGAGAGCAGCUUGCGAAUGAUUGUUUCGUGUGUUCCCUCGUUUGCUCUCUCUCUCUCUCUCUCGCUC